AUGGCGCCACCACAUUCUAUCACCUCGACGCCAAGGCAACAUCGGCACGCCGCGCUCAUUGCGGUGUCGCUGUUGUCUGUGGUUCUAGUUUUAUGGGGUGCCGGCGCACACGCCGCUGACGAUGACGCAGAUGCGAGUGCGUGCUCUGGCAGCAGCCCAUACUACACGGCCAUUGAGCACGAGCACACCCGCAACUUUCUCGACUCUUUCAAGGAGUCUAUCCCAACUCUGAAGUCCCUGUGGACGUGCGACAAUUUCUGUGCCCAUCCGGGUAUUCAGUGCACAGCGAUGGGCCUCCACAUCACCCUGAACGUGUCGGCACUGUCGGGAAGUCUUCCUGAGCUCCCGAACAACGUAGAUGGCUUCCGCGUGCUCCUGUCCGGUCUCACCUUUGUUGGCAAAGGAGAGAGUGUGAUCGGUUCCCUGCCCGUCAGCUGGAAUCUUCUCACUCGUCUCUCUUACCUCCACGUCGGCGCCACCGCUCUCUCUGGAACUCUGCCAGAAACGUGGGGAACAUCCGUCGAACGGCGUGUCAUGACAAGACACUCUGUCGCUCCUCUCGCUAGACCCUGCGGCAACUCCUGCUUCCGUUCGAUCCGUCUCGGAGGCAACCACCUAAGCGGUACCCUCCCCGCCAGCUGGUCCAGUAUGAAGGAUCUGCAAGAGAUUUGGAUCAACAACAACCUCUUCACUGGCACCCUGCCCCCCGAGUGGAGCAGCAUCACAAAUCUCCGCACCCUCAACGUACGCAACAACCUCCUAACAGGAACACUGCCCCCGGAGUGGUCCUCCAUGCCCAGUAUUCGCGACAUCAUCCUGGACCACAACAGGUUUUGCGGAUGCGUUCCGGAUUCCUGGAAGCAAACAGACGGCCUCAUUAUCGACGCCGAUGAACCACUCUGGGAACCUGAUUGCGCCGUCUCCAACAGCUGCGAGGAAAACUCCAGCAGCAGCAGUGACGAGUGUUACGCGGCCGUGCCGUUUUACAACACUGCUCAACAAGGAAAUACGCGCGAAUUCCUUGAGGCCUUUAAGGUGACGAUUCCGGUGCUGAGGGAUAUCUGGGUGUGUCCUAACUUCUGCGCUUGGCCGUAUGUAGAGUGCACGAGCUCUGGUGUUGCUGUGGAGAUGGCUGGUGCCCCCCUUUCUGGCUCUCUACCGAAUAUUCCAGCUGGCGUAGAUGCAAACGACGUGGUUGUCAACAAGGUGGAUAUGAGCGACGUCGUAGACUUGAGCUAUAAGUUUCCGGCGAGCUGGGGCGCAAUGGUAUCACUGAAGCACUUCGCCGUCCGCGGAACACAUCUUUUUGGCGAUCUGCCGCCGGAGUGGGGCAGCAUGUCAGGCCUUGAAUAUUUCGACGCUGGUUUAACAAUGAUUACCGGGCAGCUCCCAAGUAGCUGGUCCAGCUUGAAGAAGUUGAAGGUGUUGCGCAUAAACGAGGCAAUGCUUUCUGGCACCCUUCCUAAAUCCUGGAGCAGCAUGUCAUCCCUACGAGAGUUAAACAUAAGCUGCAAUACCAUCGAUGCAGGCCUUCCACCGUCCUGGAGUGCCCUGGCGAACAUGCAUACAUUGCACCUGCAGAAUAACGUCUUCCAAGGAACUCUACCACCGUCGUGGAAAAGACUCACUAACAUGGAAGACUUCCGCGUAGAUAACAACCAACUCGUCGCCUCCAUCCCCGAGUCCUACAGCGACUGGAAGAAGAUGACCAAUGCCGAUCUGAGAAAGAACAACUUCUGCGGAUGCCUUCCUUCGAGGUGGAUCGCUGAAAAUGGCCACACAGUGUCUGCCAACGCUGACCCACCAGUUAUGGCACCAGAUUGUGCCAUAGCAAACCGCUGCCAAGACCCGCCCACGUCGUCUUCGUCGUCUGCCCCGUCCAGCAGCAGCUCUGCGCCGUCUUCGUCGUCCGCGCCGUCCAGCAGCAGCUCCGCGCCGUCCUCGUCGUCUGUGCCGUCCAGCAGCAGCUCUGCGCCGUCUUCGUCGUCCGCGCCGUCCAGCAGCAGCUCUGCGCCGUCUUCGUCGUCCGCGCCGUCCAGCAGCAGCUCCGCGCCGUCUUCGUCGUCCGCGCCGUCCAGCAGCAGCUCUGCGCCGUCCUCGUCGUCCGCGCCGUCCAGCAGCAGCUCUGCGCCGUCCUCGUCGUCCGCACCGUCCAGCAGCAGCUCUGCGCCGUCCUCGUCGUCUGCGCCGUCCAGCAGCAGCUCCGCGCCGUCCUCGUCGUCCGCACCGUCCAGCAGCAGCUCUGCGCCGUCCUCGUCGUCUGCACCGUCCAGCAGCAGCUCCGCG